ACAACCACACUGACUCUGUGCAGGAUAUUUCUACAGACUGAAUUUCUAAGGAUCCUGAAGAUUGCAAUCAAAGUGUCAGCAAUGCCUGAUAAUGGUACAUGCCAACUUCCUAUUGAUGAACUCUUUGUGAUUUUUGAAGCCGUUUUUUACAGCCUAUUCACUUUGUUUGGGAUCAUAUUCAACACAGUUGCCUUAUGGGUGUUUUGCUUCAGAUUCUGCAAAUGGACAGAGACUAGAGUUUACAUGAUCAGUUUAGCCCUUGCAGACUAUACGCUAGUCCUCACCUUACCAUUCAUAAUGUAUUUUCACAAAAUGGAGAGGCCUGCUGAUACUUUUUGCAUAGUCAUCCUUAUAAUACAUUGCAUCAAUAUGCCAAUGAGUAUCAGUACUAUCACACUAAUCGCAGUGGACAGAUAUGUUGCAAUCAAGCAUCCUCUGAAAGCCAAAGUAAUACGGUCUCCAAGGAAGGCAGCCAUCAUCUCUUUAUUUUUUUGGAUCUGUUGUUUUAUUUAUGGAAUUACACUCCUUUUCCAUUCAAAUGAAAAAGGGAUUUGUUUUAUCCAGUUUUCAGAUGAAGAUUCCUUGCAUCAUAUCCCUAUCAGAUUUGCCAUUUUCAUUUGCAUACCAUUGGUUAUUUUGUUGUUUUGUUCCACACAAGUCAUCCGAUGCCUCAAGAAAAAACAGAAUGCUAGUCUACACGAAGAAAGGUUAACCCAGAAAGCCAUCUUUGUGAUCUCUGUGAACUUGGGCACCUUCAUCAUAUGCUUUUUGCCUUUCCACAUAAGCCUGCUGCUUCAAUAUAUAAUGAACACAACUGACUGUAAGGUGCGCCGCAUUAUCAGCAAUACCACACAUGCAACUUCAUUAAUGGCAAAUCUGAAUUGUUGCUUGGAUGCUAUUUGCUAUUAUUUGGUUGCUAAGGAAUUCCAGGAAGCUGCAUCUCUUUUGCCUGUCUUUAAACCAAUGCAGUCAAAAUCCAAUUUAACUGAAGAUUUACAACUUUCAAGCUAAAUUGCUAAAAUGAUGCUGUUGUUUGAAGAUGCCUGCAGACUUAUCCUUGGAGAGCUAUGGACUUUAUUCCAUGCCCAUGCCCCUGUUUUAAAACUUCUAAGCCACUGAGGCAAUGAAAAGUGAUGAAGCCCAUCCCACGACGCAGGGGGGCUUC